AUGGGCUUGAAGGAGUCGGAGUGGCUAAAACGCAGGAGCCUGAAAGAGCAACUUCAGUUGUGCCUGAGCAAAGCCCAGGAGGAGGCCUCCUCACUGAUGGCCCAGAGAGCCUUGCAAAACCAGAAACUCAGCACAGAGCUGCCUGACCUUGUCAACCAAGCCAAAGAUGUGCACAAAGGGUUAAAAAGAAAGAGUACAAAGAUGCAGAUCAAUGUCGCCAUGGAUGAAAGGCAGAUGAUUCUGGUUGUUCUCUUUGGACUUUUUUCCUGGAAUCUCUGCUCCAUUUCUGCUUCAAUGCUGGAGACGAUUGUUCGACCUGGAGACAACAUCACCCUCUAUUGUGACUGCAGGCCGUCCACUGUAGUAUAUAUAGUCUGGUUUAGAAACUGCUCCCAUCAACACCAACCCACUCUUGUGAUGGAGACACAUAAAAGCUUUUCGGAAAGGGAAAACUUAUAUCCCCGUUUUAAAUUUUUAAAGAAUCAGUCGUCCGACUCGUAUGACCUGCUGAUCAUAAACGUCACUGAUUCUGAUGAAGGACUUUAUUACUGUGGAACAAUUGAACAAAAGGUGGAGAAAAAUGUCUACAUCUAUGGAAACAUCAGCACAAGGAUCACACUCUACCAGUGGAGACCAGUGGAGGAGUGUGGUUUGUGCUGGAAGCUGCUGUUCUCUGUCUGUCCUGCUGUUUGUUUUCUUUCCACUUUUCUUUCCUCACUUCUUGGUUCCUUCUUUUGCUGGAAACCAGAAACACCUGAUGAUAAGGAAAACAAAUCUGACUCUAUGAGACCAGCAGGAAAAACAGAGGGGAGAAAUGUGUGUUUUGCUGCCCUGGGAGACCAUCCAACAUUAAAGAAACCAAAGAAGAAGAAAACAGUCCACAGCUCAGACCGAAGCGUCUUUACUGCUGUCAUCUACACCCAGAUUGUUGAGGAUUGAAAUCUGCUGUAAGGUUGUGAUGAUCCAUAGAGGCAGUUUGCUCUUAUGUGAUCAUCACUCUUGGCUUCGGUUUAAUUCUGAGGUCACGGAUUAGCGGACCGCGGUCCGGAUCCGGACCCACCUGCUUGCUAAUCCGGACCCAACCUGAUUUAAAACAUUUAUAAAUUACCACAUAUUGUCUGACAACAGUGUCUAAACAUCACUUGCGCUGCUUCUCCUGUUACCCUGAAAUCCCACAUGCUCCGCCCGCAGCGCUCCAGACCUCCUGCGCAAAGCAAAGCCUACAGCCUCCGCUGUUCCUCCCGUAUUGCUGCUCUCCGACUUAUCCUCGGAGCACGAGGAAAGCAUGGGUGAUUAAACAUGCAGAAAUAAACGCUUAAUUUCAUAUGAUAUAUUUAAAAAAUCCUCAGCAUCCGGCAGAUGUGCGGUUUCUGAUGAAGAUGAGAAAUCUGCUUCCUGGUCUGUUAAAGAACCAAUAGUUUGCAUAUAAUCUUUUAAAUAAACGGUGUUAGUUUUUUUUAAAUAAAGAAGAAUUAUG